AUGCUCAAACGAAAUUUCUUGGACGAGCCUGCCCCGGCGAACUACGUCGCUGGUCUUGGGCGUGGUGCUACAGGGUUCACAACACGGUCUGAUAUCGGUCCAGCGCGUGAAGGUCCCUCAGAAGAGGCCAUCAAGGCUGCCCUUGCCAGGAGAGCAGAGGCCCUAGGACAGCCUGCUCCUACAGCUUAUGGUGCAGAUAAAAAGAAAGACGACGAUGAUGACGACGAUGACCGGUAUCAAGACCCCGAGAACGAAGUUGGACUGUUUGCCGGCGGGGCCUAUGAUGAGGACGAUGAUGAGGCAGAUAGGAUAUACCAAGCUGUAGACGAAAAGAUGGAAAGGCGGCGAAAAACACGAAGGGAAGCCCGCGAAAAGGCCGAGCGUGAGGAAUACGAACGCAAGAACCCGAAGAUCCAACACCAAUUUGCGGACCUAAAACGAGGACUCGAAACACUCACAGAUGACGACUGGGCGAACCUCCCCGAAGUCGGAGAUCUAACAGGAAGAAACCGACGAGCACGACAAGCGAUGCGCCAGAAGUUCUACCCAACCCCCGACUCGGUUCUCGCCAACGCCGCCGGAAGCGGACAAUUUGAGACUUCAGUCCAGGAUGAUGGUAGUGCGAACGCUUCUUCCGACACUGCCGACGGCACGAUGACGAACUUCAUCGACAUUGGUCGCGCAAAGACAAAGGUCCUUGAAGCCCGUCUUGAUCGCUCCGGAGGCGACUCUGCAACCGGCGCGACAAACAUUGACCCCAAGGGCUACCUGACAUCCCUCAAUCGCAGCACUACUCAGACCGCCGAACAGGUCGGUGACAUCAAGCGAGUUCGCGAGCUCCUCCAAUCCGUCAUCAAGACCAACCCUAAGCAUGGCCCCGGUUGGAUCGCUGCAGCCCGUCUAGAGGAGGUCGCUGGAAAGAUUGUCCAAGCCCGUAAUCUCAUCGCCAGAGGCUGUGAACAUUGUCCCAAGAAUGAAGACGUAUGGCUAGAAUCAAUGCGACUAAAUGACGCGCCGAAUGCCAAGGUAAUCGUCGCCGAAGCAGUCCGCCAUAACCCAAAAUCUGUCAAACUAUGGGUCGAAGCAAUGGAGCUUGAAGUAGAUCUCCGUGCCAAAAAACGAGUAGUCCGUAAAGCCCUCGACAUCAUCCCACAGUCUGUAGUUCUCUGGAAAGAGGCCGUUAAACUAGAGGAGGACCCCAACGACGCCAAGAUUCUUCUCGCCCGAGCUGUUGAGCUUGUCCCCCUAUCUGUCGAGCUCUGGCUAGCCCUCGCCCGUCUCGAGACUUUUGAGAAUGCGCAAGCUGUACUUAACAAAGCCCGUAAAGCCAUCCCGACAUCCCACGAGAUUUGGCUUGCCGCAGCACGUCUUCAAGAGCAACAAGGUAAUGCCGCAAAGAUUAAUGUCAUGAAGCGUGCCGUGCAAGCCCUCGCCCGUGCAGAAGCGAUGCCCUCCCGCGAGGACUGGAUUAAGGAGGCAGAACGUUGUGAGGAAGAAGGCGCCGUCGAAACUUGCCAGGCCAUUAUCCGGGAAACGCUCGGGUGGCAACUUGAGGAAGACGACGACCGCAAAAAGAUCUGGAUGGACGACGCCGACGCUUCCAUCUCACGCGGAAAGUACGAAACUGCCCGCGCAAUCUACGCAUAUGCUCUCCGCGUCUUCUACACCAAAAAAUCAAUCUGGCGGUCUGCUGCCGAUCUUGAGAAGAACCACGGCACAAAAGAAGCGCUCUGGGGCCUCCUCGAGAAGGCCGUCGAAGCCUGUCCUAAGAGUGAGGUUCUCUGGAUGAUGCUAGCGAAGGAAAAAUGGCAAUCUGGUGAUAUCGACGGCGCACGUAUCGUGCUCGGAAAAGCCUUCAAGCAGAACCCCAACAACGAAGACAUUUGGCUUGCUGCAGUCAAACUCGAAGCGGAGAACGAGCAGAAUGCCGCUGCACGUGACCUCCUUGCCACGGCCCGCCGUGAGGCCGGUACAGACCGAGUCUGGAUCAAAUCAGUAGCAUUCGAGCGGCAACAAGGCGACACGGACGCCGCCCUCUCCCUAGUAGGCGAAGCCCUCCAAUUAUACCCCAAGGCGGACAAACUCUGGAUGAUGAAGGGCCAAAUCUACGAAUACGAGCUCAACAAGAUCCCCCCUGCGCGCGAGGCCUACAACGCCGGUACAAAGGCAUGUCCAAAGUCAAUACCACUAUGGCUGCUUCUCUCCCGCCUCGAGGAAAAAGCGGGAGUGCUGGUCCGCGCUAGAUCUGUCCUCGACAGGGCACGCCUCGCGGUACCCAAGUGUCCCGAGCUCUGGUGCGAGUCUGUCCGUGUCGAGCGCCGCGCCGGAAACAUCACACAGGCCAAGAAGCUCAUGUCGCAAGCGCUGCAAGAAUGCGCACACUCCGGACUCCUCUGGGCUGAGUCCAUCUGGCACCUCGAGGCACGUACACACAGGCGGCCGCGUCUCGUCGAGGCCAUCGAGAAGGUGGGGAAUGACGCAACACUGUAUGUAGCUGUAGCACGUAAUUUCUGGGCGGAGCGGAAGCUCUCAAAGGCGGGUAGUUGGUUUGAGAAGGCGAUUCUGGUUGACCCCGAUAGAGGUGAUACCUGGGCGUGGUACUGGAAGUUCCUCAGCAUGCAUGGCGAGGAUGACAAGAAGGGCGAUGUGUUAGCGAAGCUGAGUAUCACCGAACCAAGGCAUGGUGAGGUGUGGCAGAAGGUGGCGAAAGACCCGAGGAGGAGAUGGAGGAACUCGGAGGAGAUCUUAGAGGCAGUGGUGAAGGAGUUGGAGUAG